AUGCCUGGAGAAAGUGGCUGUGACACGCCUCUAUCUGAAUUCAAUUUUCCAGAACUCCCUGACUACCCUUCUCCGGUGAAGCUGACAGAGGGCAUCCGGCGUUGGGAAGAGAGUGAUGAGGAGUUUUCUGUUCCUGUGGUGCCGACGGCGGGCGCUAUUCUCUCGGAAGCUUCUGAACAGGGCAUCAAUGAUGCUGUUGAAGACUCGAGUGGCAUGCGUCAGGGUUCCAAGGCUGCUCAAGCCACUUCUUUGCCAACAGGAGCUGCGCCGUCCGAUGAUCCGCCUGGGAAAGAAUUUGAUGCAGACCCAGAGCUUGCUCAAAGAAUUGCAACCGUACAGCGAGCUGCACUUGUUGCAAAGAGUGGUACCUACUUGGCUUUGAUGGAUCUAUUCCUCUACCUUGCCCAGAAAGGCAAAGAUCUUGCUGUUUGCGUUUUCGACAAGGAUGACACAAAUAUUGUUAGCUUUCGAUCGGUGAUCAGAGAUUUAUUGCCGGAGGAAGUAGUUGACUGGGAGGACUGCUUGGAUGAGGAAAUCGAUUUGUCAAGUGAGCAUACUGCUGUGGUUGUACCUUGCCAAGCCAACUUUGAGCGGGGGGACUUUCUGGAUCUCAACCACUUCGUUCCGGUUUGGACCAGACAACAGCUUGGUGAUAGUGAUUUCCACCUUGCAGAACAGAGAUCUCGACAGGCUUUUGCAAGACGUCAAAAAGACCACGCUGAGCGGGUGCACGAGGUUUGCUUUGAUGAGGAGCAUCCUGAAGACCAUGCGAUGUUGAUGAAGUCACUGCAAAAAGAGUCAGAGCUGCUGGAGGCUGAAGCAGAAUUCCUGCAAGCCAUGAAGUCGCUGGAUUUGGUCGCCUAUCCUGUCCCCAGUGACGGGAAUUGUGGUCCGUGGACUUUGGCAUCGCUGUGUCGCCCAAAGCCUCCACUUGUCUCAGGGGAGGACAUCAAGCAGUACGAGCUCGAGCCACGCAAGAUCCGGAGGAGAAUCCGCAAGCUGUGGACGGAGUUGUCAAUGGAUUUCACAUGGCAGAUCAUGUUCAACAUGUUUGAUUUGGAUGAGGACUUGCCGAUUCCAGGAGCCGACCAACUGAACUCAGUUGUGAAGCGUGAGCCAGCAACGCCUCCCAAAAAGAAACAGACUGAGCCAAGGCUGGAAGUUCCCCCUUUGGCAACUCCUCCCAAGGCAGUGGCAGCAUGUCGCCGUGCAGAGUUUGGUCAGCCACUGAAGAAAGAUGGCCGGCUUCUUGCAGCAGGUUCUCGCGCAGCCAAGCUGCAUCGCGAAGGAGACGUGCCUGUGCCAGUUGCAGAUGAGCAGGACAGUGACAAAGAAGAUGAGGAGGAUACGGGAGCCCCCCGCAUCGCGCGCAGGCGACACAAGCGCAGCUGCCGGACAUUACAGCGGAGCAGCCAAGUGCUGAAGCGGAUGGCCGCCAAAGCUUACUUCUCCGAAAUCGGUUUCACAUGGCCAGCUUUCCAAUCUGUCCACGCCAGGAUGGCACCAUGCAAGAAGGCAUACACUUGCCCAAACGGUGGCUACCUCAAAGUGCAGGCUCGGUUGCUGGAUGUUGGUGCACAUGGGGACGGGUGCAAAGCUUGCGACGAAAUGAUUCUGAAUUCUGGCUUCGACCGGACGAAGUUCGACGCUGUAUUGCAAGCGGCAGAAAAUGGAGAGCUUCCUCAGCCCAUCCAGGGUGCCACCGAGCCUAUCCAGGGUGUCACUGAGACCGCCAAUGAGGAUGAGCAGAAGGCUGUGAAGGAAGAGGAUCUUGAGACUGAGAAGCCCGAGGGUCUCGUCGAGAAUGGCGACCCCUUCGACAUUGUCAGGCAGACCCCGUACAUCAAGCUCCUUCCACCCGGUAGCCACGGCAAGCGUUUUCCAUACCUAUGUACGGUUUGCUGCACAAGAUCUUGGCCACAGGGAAGAGUUGGAGAGCUGGCUGAAGCCAAGAUUGGCUCAAUCAAGCACUUUCUUCAUCAGCACAUCGACUCCAACACACACAAGCGGAAUGUCAAACGCAAAGAGACGGGAGGACAGGAGAUUGUUGCCCCACCAACGCAAGAGUGUCAAGGAGUGAGUCUAGACGACGCUCGAAGUGCCCGUCACCUGCACUACAUGCAGGGCGAGUUUGACCUUUGGUGCAGCAUGGCCAACUUGAAGGACACAGCCAGACACAAAUAUUAG